GCUGAAGGGACAACGUCAUAGCUCCAAAGCUCCCCAACGUCUCAGUACAAAGUUCUUCAACGUCAAAGUCCCAGUCCAGCGCCUGUGCCUCCAAUUGACAAUGGCAUCCCGCGCUCUCCGCUCUUCCCUCGCCAUCUCAAAAACAAGUCUGGCACCCUCCCUCUGCCAUGCCCGCCCAAUCGCCCUCCAUGGACACACCACCUACGUCCGACACUCACAAACGCGGUCAAUCUCCGCAUACGGCUACACUCAAGCCAAAGCGCUCACCUUUCAAGACUAUGGCGAACCCCCCUCAGUUCUUUCACUGCAUAAACAUUCCAUCUCCCCUCCUCACGGCGACCAACUUACCCUGCGCUUCCUAGCCUCCCCCAUCAAUCCCGCAGACAUCAACCAAAUCCAAGGCGUAUACCCUUCCAAACCGACCUUCACCACCGCCCUAGGAACCCCGAACCCCAUCGCAGUUGGUGGAAAUGAAGGUGUCGCCGAAGUCAUCGCAUUGGGAGAUAAGGCAAAAAGUGCAGGCUUCAAGCGUGGGGAUUGGGUCAUCAUGAAAGCCCCCGGGUUUGGAACAUGGAGGACACAUGCAAGCGCUACGAGUGGGCAAUUGUUGAAGCUGGAGGAGCAUGCGCGAGAGGGGAUAACCCCUAUCCAAGCAGGAACCGUGAGCGUCAACCCUUGCACGGCGUACCGCAUGCUGCGCGAUUUCUCACUGCUGAAGGAGGGUGACUGGUUUAUCCAAAACGGUGCCAAUUCAGGAGUCGGACGUGCGGCAAUACAGUUGGCGCGAGAGUGGGGACUGAAGAGUGUCAAUGUCAUCCGAGCUCGCAAGGACAGGGCGGCCGAAGACAAGCUGAAGCAGGAACUCAAAGAGAUUGGCGCUACUGUCGUGAUAACGGACAGUGAGCUGCAAAGCCAGGGCAUCAAGGACAUGGCGAAAGAAUGGACCAACGGCGGCAAGGAGCCCAUCUCCCUCGCUCUCAAUUGCGUGAACGGCAAGGCUGCGACCGCCAUGGCUAAGCUACUCUCCUCAGGCGCACACUAUGUCACAUAUGGGGCCAUGUCGAAGCAGCCGCUGACGAUUCCUGCUAGCCUGCUUAUCUUCAAGGACAUACACUUCCACGGUUACUGGGUGUCCAGGUGGAGUGAGCAGCAUCCCGAAGAGAAGAAAAAGACCGUUGAGGAAGUGCUUGAUUUAACUCGGAGGGGCAAAUUCAAAGAUAUGCCAGUUGAUGAAAUCAAAUGGGACUGGGAGACCCCCGGUGAAGAGCUGGUUGCGAAGGUGAAAGACACCUUGGAGGGGUAUCGGGAGGGUAAGGGUGUAUUUGUUUUUGGGCAGACGUAAGUGCAGGAAUCAACCGUCGACGAGAAAUCGGCAUUUCACUUUUGGAUCUGUCUUGCUCACGAAGAUGCUACG